CCCAUUGGCUGCGUUUCUCCCCUCCACAGCAGUGGAUCUUCUUUUGUUUUCCAGUAGACACCAGGCGCAUGUUGACAUUGUUUGUUUACCGCAGGCGUAUUUUGGGAAGUGUUGUAGUUGUAAUUCAGUUACUUUUUAAUAAAUACUGUCGUCAAAGUGGGCUUCCUCAAGUAAUCUUGGUCAUGCCAUCACGCCUAGAUCCGAUCUUAGCUUGCUUUUAAAUGGAUGAACAAGGCGCCUUGCUCGGCAGGCGCAGACGCUACCGAAAACGAAGGCGAGAUUCUUCUUUUAUUAAACAAGUCCGAGUAGAUUGUGGCGAAUCCAGUAAUUCUGUCAACGAGAGCGAUUCCUCCGAUUCAGUGACAUCAAACCUUCAGAAAAGGUGCAACACUGUAAAGUGUGCAGAUUCAGAGGCACAAUCUCCUGAAAAUGUUCGAAUCACUGAGGAAAGUCAAAAUUCAUCACACCAUUUGGAUAGAGGGAGUGACAACAACCAUGCGGAAGAAAGCAGAAGCCCGUCUCCCCACAACACAAGUGCAUUGACGAGAAGGUCAGAUGCAUCGGAAUCCAAUGAUGAUGGUACGGAGGAACAAACCCGUAUUGUAGAUCAAGAAAGAGACAAAAAUUUUCCUGGGAACAACUGUGAAAUAGGUGACAACUUCAGACAUCAAGACAUUGAUGCCAAUGAGCGAGAUGUAAACAACAGCAAUCAUGGUGGGCUGGAAGAACGAAACCAUUAUGAGCAUCAUGAAAGGGCUGACAAUUUUCUGGUGCACAACUGUGAAAUUGGUGACAACUUACAUCAACAAGACACUGAUCACCAUGAGCAAGCUGGUAACAAGAGCAAUGAUGAACACGAAGAUUAUGAAGAGUUCAGACACGAGCAAAGGAACUCUGCGGAUGGCAUGGAUGAGAGGAGUGAAGAGGGUGAAUCGCAUGCAGGUGAAGAGAGCGAUGAUACUGGUUCAGCAGGAAAUGAAGGCGACACUGCAGAUGAAGCCAGCAAUGAGGAAGAGGAUAGCAACCAUGAAGAUGAUGGCUCACCUACAGAAGGGGACAACGCUGAGUCUGAAGACGAACAAAAUGGAAAUGAUGAGGAGGAGGGGACGGAUAAUGAAGAUGAUGGCUCAGCUACAGAUGGUGACAACACUGAGUCAGAAGGCGAACAAAGUGAAAAUGGUGAUGAAGUUCAAGAUGACAAUCCAGAUGACGAGCCACUUUAUAAUGGUGCUCGUGUCACUUUUAGAGAAAGUUUAUUAACAAUUUUAACUUUUAUAUUAACUCACAAGCUAACUGGUCUGGCACUUGGUGAUUUACUUUCCUUGAUAGAGUUGCACUGUGGCCCAGAUAAUUUGUGUGUAAGAACUACUUACAUGUUUAAGAAGUAUUUUAAAAUGAUUGGUAAAGAUUUUAUUAAUUGUUGCUAUUAUUGUUCAGUUUGUCAAGUACCACUUGAAAGAAAGGAUUCAAUCUGCCCUAUUUGUAAUGGCCAACAUGACAUUGCUUAUUUCAUUGAAUUUCCAAUUGCUACUCAACUUAAAAAAAUGUUUGCAAGGCAAGGGUUUUAUGAUUUUAUACAGUAUAGAUUCAAUCGUACCAAACAGCAUGAUGAUAACAUUGAAGAUGUUUAUGAUGGUUCCAUUUACCAGGAAUGUACAAAUAGUGGAUUUUUAGCAAACCCAAACAACAUAAGCUUUUUUACUUUUUUUGAUGGAGUGAGUUUGUUUAAGAAAUCGUCCUUUUCUAUUUGGCCUCUUUAUUUGACAAUUAAUGAGUUGAAAUAUUCCCAAAGAACCAGGAAAGAAAAUAUUAUUUUGGCUGGCAUUUGGUUUGGAAAGUCAAAGCCCAACCCUAAUUUAUUUCUUCAACCCAUAUCUCAAUCUUUGCUGAGUUUAGAAAAUGACGGAGUUGAUGUAUCAUUACACAACGGGGAAAAUAUUAAUGUUAAAGGGAAGCUGAUUGGUGCUGUUGCUGACAUGCCUGCCAAAUCACUUUUCAUGCGUUUAAAUCAGUAUAAUGGUGCCUUUUCUUGUUUCUACUGCAUGGCUGAGGGAGCAAGGUUUGAUCUAGGAAAUAGAAAUCACAACACACUUCAGGUUUUUCCUUAUUCCAGAGAGAUUAACCUCAGGAAUCACAAUGACGUUGAUGACAUUGCACGGCAAGCUACUGCUCUACGUGAAAUUGAUCCUGAGGCAACUGUGUAUGGCUGCAAAGGUCCUUCUCUACUUCUAAACAUGCUGCCACACAAAAUUUUUUCCAUUGGUGCUGACAUAAUGCAUGGAGUAUUUUUAGGAGCAAUGUCAACUCUAAUGGGUUUGUGGUUUGAUUCUCAGUACUCUGAUUGUGAUUUUUCUGUAUCUAACAUGACAGGUAUUGUUGACCAAAGGUUGAAAUCCAUAAAACCUCCAAUUUCUUUUCGACAGCCAAAGAGCUUAAAAAAAGAGAUGGCUCACAUGAAGGCCUCUGAUUUUAAAGUGUUUUUUUUUCACUAUUCUUUACCAGUACUCUUAGGUGUAUUACCUGAGAUCUAUUGGUUUCAUCAUUGUAAGCUUGUAGCUGCUAUUGCUCUUUUAUGCCAAGAUAGUACUUCAUUGCUUGAGUUAGAAGAGGCUGAAGAGUUAUUACAUUCAUAUGUUUCAGAUUUUGCAGAUUUGUAUGGAAUUCGUUACUUAACUUUAACUUUUCAUCAACUUCUGCAUUUCCCAUUAUUAGUCAGACAUCUUGGUCCAAUGUUUGUAUACUCUUGUUUUUUUUACGAGAGCUUAAACGGACAGUUUGCUAGGCUUGUUCAUGGAAGCCGUCAUGUGGCCCUCCAAAUUGUAUCUUCAUGCUCCAUAUUAAUGAAUUUGCCUGUCAUGAUUUCUGGCAUGGACCAGGGUAGGGCUAAAAAUUUGUGUUUAAAAUUCCAAGGGAGUUUAAAGAAAAAUAUAAGAGUUACUGAAAACAUAAAUGAUAGUGCAGGUGUUGUUGGAAAAUUGAAGCCCUUGCUUGUGACAGUUCGUAUUAGGAGGUUGGUCCAGGAUACUUUUAAUGUUCUUGGUGGACGCUAUUUGUUUUUCCAUAGACUUAAAAUUAAGAACUUUGUUUAUUGUGCAGAGUCUUACCAGCGUUCACAAAAGAACUUGGCCUGUUAUGCCUUGAUUAAUCAUGAAAACGCCCCCUACUUGUGCAAAAUUAAAUUCUUCAUAAAGUGGUCUUCAUGUCAAGUUAUCUGUCCAGUACCCUGUGACAACAACUGCCCCAAAAUGUAUAUUUGCAUUGUUAAUUUAUAUGACAGGGUUGGGUGGAAGAUACAUGAUGCUCCCCAGAAUAUACCCCUCUAUUAUCUUGAUCAAGUAGGUCGUACAAAUGAGACAAGGACAUUCCUUGUAACGUCGAUAAGCUCACCAUGUCUUUUCAUGAACAUUGAUGGAAAUACUAUGUACAUGACCACUGAUGUAAAUAAGCUGGAAGUUGAAUAA